UGUGGUUCGAUUUAGUGUACAGUCUACACAAGUUUUCAUCAUGAAUGUGUUUGCUACUCUCAGCAUUGUUUGCAUCGCCGCGAUCGCUUAUACAGCGAGUGACGCCUUAGAUUUCUCAGGAAACAUACCCGAUGAUUUCUGCCCAAAAGAAAAUAGUGAAAAUGUAACUUUUCGUCCUAAUGCCGACAACUGCACCACAUAUUAUGUCUGCGAAUCUGGAUUUCCUAUUCUUAUGAACUGCCCACCUGGUUUAAACUUCAACCCUAGAGAAAACGUCUGCGAUUGGCCAGCUCUGGCUUGCUGUGACAAAAAGUUUUGGGAUACCAAAUAUUGUCAGGAACAUCCACGAUAAAUAAAAACUGUCUAGAUUAUGUGUGUCUUAAUUUAUCUGACUUUUUACUGAAUUUUUACUUUAUUUUAAUGUUCUAACAUUUUUCAAACAUUAUCAUAAAAUUGAACAAGUCAUUUACUUUUUCAUUAAAAGCUUUCUUUAAUUUUGUAACUCAACAAUAAUAUUAAUAAUUUCAUUUGUUUCAACUUGAGUGAGUCUAACGGUGAAUAAAAUGUAAGAAAUGAUAUCUUUAGGUCACGUUUAGUAAUUUUUUGUGACUAGUAAUUGAGGAGUUUAAAAAUAAGAUGUCUUAUAAUAAUUAAAAAUUUAGAUCGUCUGAAAUAUAUUAUUGAAUAAUGAUAAAGGGAUUUAGUUUAUAUUGAACAAUAGGACUCAAAGAUAAUGGCAGAUUAGAUAUGAUAUAACAAAAACAUAAAUAUACAAUAGGUUUGUAGAAAGUUAAUUAUUUUGAUAGUUUUAAUAAAACUAAUUUGCUUGUAAAUGAUAAAUAUACAUACCAGAGCAAUCAAAAUAUUAAAAGAUUAAUUGUAAGGUGCUGCAUAU